CGCAUAUGCAUCAUAUUAAAACAUGAUCUUCAGUUUUCCUCUGGACCUGAAUUUUCUUCUUCUCCUUCUCUUCUUCUUCCUCCUCCUCCUUCCCAAACCCUAAUUACACCUUCUUCCUUGUAAAUUCCCCGCCUCUACAGUUCCAGAGAUCAGCGGAAGUAAAUGUUAACUCAGUUUCUUGUUCGUGUGGAGACGACACAUUAGCUAUUUAUGUUUAAAGCUACAACUUGGAAGGAGAAGAAUGGAGGCCAACAUUUGUGACGUGAAUCAUCUCGAUUCCGAUGUUCUUCUACCGCCAAGAAAGCGCCUUCUUGCUGGCUUGAGAAAGCAAGGUGCCGAUGGUGAUGGUACUUUUAAUCUGCCACCAGUUGCCUCCUCCUCUUGUUCUCCUCCUCCCUCUCCUUCCUAUGGCUUCACAUCUAUUGAGUUCAAUAUGCGGCUUAACAAUCUGUUUAGUGCUCAUUCAAAUACUAACCUAUCAUCUGAAGAGAUAGUGGAGGCCUCAAGAUCAGCCGCAGCUGCAGCUGUGAAGGCUGCGGAGGCUGCCAGGGCAGCAGCUGAAGAGAAGGCGGCGAUUGCAGCAAGGGCUGUUGCGGCUGCAAAGAGUGCCAUGGACUUGGUUGCCACCAUUUCUGAAGAAGCAGCCUAUAAAGAAAUAAACCUGAGAAAGAACAAGCUGAAGAAACAUGUCCCAGUUCAGCUUCUAUACACAAAAUAUCAACCUCUUGAGAAUACCAAGACAGAUGAAGAGUUAGCUCGCAAAUUGCAUCGAGCCAUAAAUAGCUCCCCGAGAAUUUUGAAGAAUUCAUCUGGUUCUGAUGCUAGAGGCCACAGACAUAAGAGGUUCAAAGGUUCACCUGGUUCGGAGAAAACUAAGGUUUCCAACUGUGGCAUCUCACAGGAGUUGGACCCUACUCCCAGGUGCAAUGGGCAUGCUAGAACCAGUGAGGCUGACUCUGAGGGCAGCGUUCAGGAAGUACGCAAGCUCAAAGCUGAUGAGAAGAACAAUCAGUCCGAGAUGGAUAAUGGAGAAGCAGAGACAAGUCAGAAGGAGAAAACGUGCGACAAUAUUAGUGUCGCUGUUAAAAAGAGGGGAAGAGUAAAGCUUAGAAAACUGCCCUUGAGUAUUUGUUCUUUCAGGGAUCAGACAACUCUCAAGGAAGACAUGAAUGACGGAAGUUCCCCAAUGUCGAGUGUGCAAAGCCCGACAUCUGAAAAUGUUAUUUUACAUUCUGUAGAUAGCCCGACCGAAGGCGUGAUGGCAAUAGAACCCGCAUCAGUAUGGAAAUGCCAGGAGUUUAAUCCUCCUCUUUCUGUCAAACAAAAUAAAGUUAUGCAGUCAUGACCGGAAUACAACAUAUGGUAAAAGGUUGGUGCCCAUAGAAGUUGAUAGUCGAGGUAGGACCCGUGCAGCUUUUCUUAUAGAUUCGGCUUUACUCCGCCUGUCUUCCUUUUGAUCAUCCUGCAUAUUUUGUUUCACAAUGAACUGGGACACACCAUUGUAAAUUUCAUAUUAUGUGUUUGAAUAUUCUCCAGAGUUCAAAGGUAUCCUUUAUGACACAGAGCUUGAAGUCCAAAUAAGAGAGGCAUUUUUGUUUUGAUUUGAUUAUAUAUCGCUGAAUAUACUAAAAAGGCAUCCCCAUGUAUCUGUAGGUAAGAUCUGUAGAUGGUUGUUUUCAUGGUUCUGCUACACUUGUAUCAAUAUAUUACACUUAAUCACGUACAGGAAAAGGCAAGCUGUUUGCUUUUUGUUGGUCAUCUAGUCUUCUAUACUCUCAUAGUGUUGUUUUUAUUGAUUAAUUGAGAUUGAGAUUUGUAUUCUCUGGAUCUUCCUUUAAGAGGAGGAAACCCUUGCUUCUUGUAGCAUUGUAAUUUCUCUUAUUUGUUAAUGAAAGCGUCCCUUUUCUAUUGUUUUCUA